GGUCCUUUUCUGCCGCCUCCUUUUGCGCUGUUUCCCCUCCCCGCUCCAUCCCGAGCUGUGCGGGGCGUCAACAACCCGAGUCCCGUCCAAGUCGACCAGGAGAAAGAGAGGAGGAAAUUAUAGAUCUCCGUAUUUAAAACGAAAGGAGAGUCAGGGUGGGAGAAGAAGAAGAAGAAAAAAAAGGGAAAAAGGGGGGAAAACCAGGAAGAAAAGUCAAAGUACAGUCAUGGCCGGUGAGACUAGCGGCAAGCCCGCGGUGUUGAUUAUUGGAGGCCUGGGAUUCAUUGGUCGUCACCUAGCGCUCUACCUCCACGAGAAUAACCUGGCCUCCGAGGUCCGACUGGUGGACAAGGUUCUGCCUCAGCUGGCGUGGUUGGCCCCGGAAUUCGAGGAGGCCUGUUCCAAGGAGAAGUUUGUGCAGGCGGAUGCCAGCCGGGAGCAGCAUUUCCCGCGGAUAUUCGACCGAGCCAACGGCGAGCAAUUCGACUACGUGAUCAACUGCGGCGGCGAGACCCGCCACUCGCAGCCAGAGGAUGUUUACGAGGUGCGCAGCUACGGCCUGACCGUGGCGCUGGGCCGUGAGGCAGCGCGGCGCAACCUACGGGCCUUUGUUGAGUGUUCCACCGCCCAUGUUUACAAGCCCGGCUCGUCGCCGCGCAAGGAGAGUGACAAGCUGCAACCGGGGACGAAACUGGCCAAGUGGAAGCAAAAGGCGUGUGAGGAGCUCGCCAAGAUCCCCGGCCUCAACUACGUCGCCCUGCGGUUACCGUUUGUCUACGGCGAGUAUGAGUCCGGCUACUUCGCCAUGGGCGCCUGUCUGGGCCGCGUGCACGUUGACCUAGACAAGGACCUCGAAUUCCUGUACACCGAGAAAUUAGCCCUCAAUACGGUGCAUGUCAAGGACGCCGCCAGCGCCCUGUGGACCGCUGCCGAGUGGCGUGCUAGCAAGAUCGGCGUCGACCCUGCCUCUCUCCCCGUCGCCUUCAACGUCGUCGACCACGGUGCCACGCGCCAGGGGGACAUUGCCGAGGCCAUCUCCGAGGUCUUCGGCCUGAAGUGCUCCUUCCAUGGGUCGCUAGUCUCCCAGCUCGCAAAGCUCAAUCUCGACGAUAUCGUCGAUGACAUGAACGAGGUGAGCCUGCAGGUCUGGGCCGAGUUGCUCGAGGAGAGCAAGGUCGAGCGCCCGGGGCCCAUCGGCCCAUUCCUUGACCGCGACCUCAUCAAGGGCGAGGAUACCUCCAUCGACGGCUCCCUCUUUGAGUCUACCACCGGCUGGAAGCUCACCCGCGAGCGCUUCAAUGCUGACAGCAUCCGCGAAAUGAUCGAGAGCUACAAACGCAUGGGAUGGUGGCCGUGAUUUUUCCCCUCCAAUAACCCCCACCAACUAGAUUUGCUUUAGCUUUUUUUUCCUCUUCUUGCAUACUGGUGAAACAAAGCUAAGCCUUGUGAUUGCAUUGCUUUUGCGUCUGUAAUUUUAACUCUAUUUCUGUGUCUUCUUCUCUCCUAUAUAUCCAUUCCAUUUCAUUCAGCGGUUGAUCUUCUUUUUUCUUCUCUUUCGUGUGAUAUCGGUCUCCUUUCUACAUUGGUAUUAUAUACUUGCUCUAUUGGAUUCCUAAAUUCUUCCAUAUAGAUACUCUUUCAUACAUAUAGUUUCUCCUGUCUACUACAAUGUAUUUCAAUAGAUUGGCUUAUGCAUAAAAUUCCAAACCUAGGGAG